UAUAGAUAGAGUCAUAGAGAGAGACCAAAAUCCAAAUUAUAUCAAAAUUUUCUGCGUACGAAUACGGUAAAUACAGACCCGAAAGCAAGGGAGGGAAAUCAAUAUUUCUCAAAAGGUCAAUUGGAUUUGGAGAGUCACAGUUUUUUCUCUUUCUCUCUCUCUUUUUUUUUUUUUUUUUUUUUGGUUUUGUGGGGAAACAGAGAUCAUUGAUAGAUCUCUUUCUCUGAUCAUUCAAUGGGUUUGUGGGAAGCUUUUCUCAAUUGGCUCCGAAGCCUUUUUUUCAAGCAGGAAAUGGAACUAUCUUUGAUAGGUCUUCAGAAUGCUGGAAAGACUUCACUUGUAAAUGUUGUUGCAACUGGUGGAUAUAGCGAAGACAUGAUCCCCACGGUAGGAUUCAAUAUGAAAAAGGUAACAAAAGGGAAUGUCACGAUAAAGUUGUGGGAUCUUGGAGGUCAGCCUAGGUUCCGCAGUAUGUGGGAGCGAUACUGUCGUGCAGUUUCUGCUAUUGUUUAUGUUGUUGAUGCUGCUGAUCCUGACAACGUGAAGAUCUCAAGUAGUGAGCUUCAUGAUUUGCUGAGUAAACCCUCGCUUAGUGGUAUCCCAUUGCUAGUGCUAGGGAACAAGAUUGACAAACCAGGAGCUCUGUCUAAACAGACUUUGACUGAUCAAAUGGAUCUCAAGUCAAUUACUGACAGAGAAGUGUGUUGCUUCAUGAUCUCAUGCAAGAACUCAACCAACAUUGAUUCAGUUAUUGAUUGGCUUGUAAAGCAUUCGAAAUCAAAGAGUUGAGCGGCUUCUUCUGUUUUAGUUUGGAUUUGUGUGAUAAUUUAUGGAGGAUACAUAUCUCUUUGGGGGGUGGGGGAUGUCUAACUCGGCGCUGAUUAUUUUAUUAUUGUGUUCUUUUCUUUUGAGAUGCUAUGUACUAUAUAUUUCUUCCUAUCUAAUUGAUGGUUUCAGGUUGUUUUAA